UACGCAGCUGAUGAGGAACCAAGGGAGGAAGUGUUGGGUAAUAGGGCAUAAAAGAUGUAACGCUGUCUCUGCAUGUGCUUCUCUUUGCAGGACGUCCACCAUUUCAAUCACAAAUAAAAUCUGCAGAGCAGGGCCCAUAAAGCCUUGGAUCGGGGUGACUGCUCGCCUCAGUGCAGUCCCUCAGCACGGAGCCGGGCCGCUACCCUCGAGGAGGCCGCUUGGAGCCGAGGUGCGGCCGUGGAGCCUGUGAGCACAGCUUCCCGCCACUGCUCCCUCCAUGGAGCCGAGGUGCGUCCCCCAGGGUGGGGAACUCGCUGCAGGAGUCAAAGACAGAAGAGAAAAUCAAAUCUGGUAUUUGAAAAUAUCAAAACUGGCACUGGCUUUUGCCAUUAUCCGCUCCAAACCACCAGGAAAGAGCUGCAAAGAAUACACUGAGCACCUUGCCAAACUUGUAUCUGAACAAGACUUCAACUGGAAAUCGAAAGUUAAAGCACUAGAAGCUGAAAUUUUUCGAUUACGUCAGGAGCUUCUUUUGAACAGGAUCUGUCAGAGAGUCUGCUUGGAAAAUGGAAAGCCAGGUGCCACUGCUGAAACUCUUCUGGAUGAGGAACGUAUAAAUCCAGUGAAUUACUCAAGCCAGUUACAGGACUCUGGAUGUGAUGUGUCUAAUGACUAUGCAUUUGAGUCUUUAGGGAUAGCUUCUGAUUUCCAAGACCUUGAGCAUACUGCUGACACAUCUAAACACUGGUUGGAAAUAGUUCCCUCACUGAAUUUUUGCUGUUCUAGCAAGGAGGAACCUUUGACUGUCCCAGUGCAGUUUUUUCAACAUCUGCUUGAAAUAAGAAAACUGUCAGAAGGAGGAAUGCUGCAAGCAGACUUCACAGAGCUUGAGAACGAUUCUUUCACGAUAUGCAAUUCAUUGUCUCAGCUGCUUGAUGGGCUAACUGUUUUUUACAACAGUCCUAAAUUUCCAGUUUCAAGUUUUCUUACUGAGGCAGUUUGUGUUUUGAUCAGAUUAAUAGCUGACACUAAAUUAUCUAAUCAUGUUCUGAAGAAGUGUUUCAGGAAGCUUGAAGAAUUUAUGAAAAAUUUAAUUCAGAUUAUUUUAAGAAACAGCAAUGUCAAUAGGUUUCAGGCACUGGAUGCUGUGUCACACACUCUUGUUUUGCUAGGAAGGAACAACACACUUCGAAAUUCUUUAAUGUCUUUUCUACUGUCAGAGCUACAGAAGUUUGCUGAGCAGAUGUUGCAAGCUUACCAGAUCCAGGCGAUGUAUGACAUUACCCAGUAUGAGAAUAUUUUUACUUUGUUUAUGAUUCUGGAACAACUUCUUCACAAUGGGACAGAAGAAAGUAACACUUCAGACUCAGGCUAUGAUGGAGAAGAGAAAAUCAAAUUUCUGAAGAACCUUGAUCAAGUUAUUCUUCACCUUUCAGAUGAAUUCCCUUUGUUUUCUUUAUAUUUAUGGAGAGUGAGUGUUCUUUUGAACUCAGCUCAAAUACAAAUUGAUUAAAACAAGCAACCUACUUUAAAGCAGUGCAUUGUUGUGAAACUGGAUUGGAAAAUGUUUGAGUCAGGCAGGGAAACUGUAGUUAUUGAAAAAUAUUUAUUUUAAACUUCUAUGCUAUGCUUUCGCUUCAGAGAUAAUGAAAUUUAUUUCCAAUUUUAAAUAUUCAGAAAUGUAAUAAUUCAAGCCCUGUUCAUUUGUUUUGUUUUGUUUUGUUUUUAAUAAAUACUAUUUCGUGUAACAGAAAACAAUAUAUUGGUAUUUGCAUACACAGUGAAAAUGGUAACAAAGAACAUAGUUUCAGGUAAUGCUUCCUAUAAGCACUCUGAACUUUAAAGUCAAGAAAUAAUGAGUGUAGAGCUAGGCUUCUGUAUUAAGAAACUGUAAGUUGUAUACCUUCUGUAUGCUUUAGAGACAUUGGGUAGUUGGGCAUAUUGAUAAUAUGAAAUAAAAGACUGAUCAUCAGAAAGCAGGUGUGUUGCCAUGCUCCGUGUGAUGCAGCAGAGGUUGCUGUCUGAUGAUGAAAUCAGAAAUAGCAAAAAUAGUUUUAAACUUGGUAACAUCAGUAUUCUUCUAGGAUAGUCUUAGUUUUUUGUUUAAUCACAGUGAUUAUCUGACCAAAAUAAAAUCUGAUGCUUGGUUUUACAACUUUCUUAUUCUUGGCUUUACUUGUGUAUGCGUAAGCAUCAGGCCUAAUUCACUCUGAGUUGACUAUUGACUUCAAAUUAAAUUUAACUCUUUCUGUGGUUGCU